GCCGAAGUACUUAUCCGGGGGGAAUGCAUUGAAGUAGAAAGGGAUUAGGAGGAGAGAGAAAGAGAGAGGGUCACGCCAAACCAAAUUGUUGGCCAGGCCCAGAUUACAAAGCAGACAGAAAUCCAAAACAAACUAGCACUGUUUGAUUCAGUGUUGGAGCUACUUAAAAAAAAACGGGUAUGAAAAUAUCAGUCCGACAAGAAGCACUCAGGAACGCUUCAAUGCACUAAAAGGUACAAUAUGGAAAUCUUUCUUUAAAAAUUUGCAUCCUCUACAAAGAAAACAAGAGCAUUCUCUGGAUACUGAUUCAAAAGAAGGGACACAAGAUUAGAAUUCUCAUUUUUGCUGAAUCCAGAGUGUUAUUAUGCACCUAUCCAUAUUACUACUCCUCACCUUUUUUCAAGAAAUUCAUGCUCAGUUCCCCCGGCAGUGUGCUACAGUUGCGGCUCUGACAAGCGGUGAAUGUUGCCCAGAUCUGUCUCCCGUGGUGAUACCCGGUUCAGACCGUUGUGGAUCAUCUAUUGGAAGGGGUCAAUGUGUCCAAGUGAUGGCAGACAGUCGGCCCCAUGGACCACAGUACAUGCAUGAUGGUCAAGAUGACCGAGAGCAGUGGCCUCUGCGCUUUUUCAAUCGAACCUGUCAAUGCAACAGAAAUUUUUCAGGAUAUAAUUGUGGGUCCUGCCGUCCUGGUUGGAGUGGACCUGCAUGUGAUCAGCAGACUCAGACAGUCAGACGAAACAUUCUGGAUCUGAGUAACGAGGAAAGGAAUCAAUUCCUAAGAGUCCUUCAUCAAGCCAAAAACACAGUGCAUCCCAACAUUGUGAUUGCUAUCCGGAGGCGGGAAGAGAUACUGGGUCCUGAUGGCAACACACCACAAUUCGAAAAUGUGACAAUUUAUAAUUACUUUGUGUGGUCCCAUUACUACUCUGUCAGAAAGACAUUCCUUGGCCCAGGGCUGCCCAGUUUUGGGGGAAUAGAUUUCUCCCAUGAAGGGCCAGCAUUUCUCACCUGGCAUAGAUACCACCUCCUACAGCUGGAAAAAGAUAUCCAGGAUAUGAUCCGGGAUCCUUCUUUUGCACUUCCCUACUGGAACUUUGCAACAGGUAGAAACACUUGUGACAUCUGUACAGAUGAACUCAUGGGAGCUAGAAGCAACUUUGAUACCAAUCUUCUAAGCCAAAACUCUGUCUUCUCUCAGUGGCGUGUUUUGUGUGAAAAUGUUGAUGACUAUGACACCUUGGGAACCAUAUGCAACAGCUCAGAAGGGGGUCCAAUUAGACGAAACCCAGCUGGAAAUGUUGCUCGGCCAAUGGUGCAGCGCCUUCCUGAGCCACAGGAUGUAGCUCUUUGCUUAGAAGUCGGAUUGUUUGAUACACCGCCAUUCUAUUCAAAUUCAACAGACAGUUUUCGCAAUUCGCUGGAAGGCUACAGCCAACCUUCUGGAAAGUAUGAUCCCAUAGUACGCAGUCUUCACAACCUGGCCCAUCUGUUUUUGAAUGGCACGGGAGGGCAAACCCAUCUCUCGCCAAAUGAUCCUAUCUUUGUUCUCCUUCAUACCUUUACUGAUGCACUUUUUGAUGAAUGGCUGAGGAGGCACAAUACCGAUAUUUCAAUAUUUCCUCUGGAGAAUGCCCCCAUUGGACACAACAGACAGUACAACAUGGUGCCAUUCUGGCCUCCAGUGACCAACAAUGAGAUGUUUGUUUCAGCACCAGAAAAUCUGGGCUACAGUUAUGAAGUUCAAUGGCCAACUCGGGCCCUCCACAUCACUGAGAUCAUAACUAUCGCAAUUGUGACAGCCUUGAUCCUGGUUGCAAUUAUAUUUGCCGGUGCCACAUGCAUAGUUCACGCCAGACGGAGGGACGAUGAAAUUCACCAGCCUCUUCUCAAUGAACAAUAUCAGACCUACUCAGACGAUUACGACAGUAUACCCACCCCAAGCCAGUCAGUUGUGUGAAAUAGCUUGUGCACCUUAUCUAGUGGCUACUCUCUGAUCUAUCUGAUAAUAAAGGACAUUAAGUGUAAUAAACUUUGCUAGAUCUAUCACAAGGGAAAUCUCAAAAGAUUUGUACCUGUAACACAUGUCCUUUGAAUUUUCAUUUGUUCCUUUCGCUUCAAUUCCAUAUAUAUUGUUAGAAAAAAAUAUCUGGCAUUUCCAGACUGUUAAGGUGGCAGCCAUUUGAAAGAGUCUUAAACUAAAUGCUGUACAUGCUUCUUCUGUUUAGCUUGUUCUAGAAACUGAUCCUUUUCUUGGGGUGCAGAUGAAAUGAGAGAGUGGUUAUUAUGAACAUUUAUUGACAGAUACUCAUCAUUUCAAUAAUCUGUUGUUAAUAAUAGUGAAAGAGAGUAAAAGUGGUCACUAUUUAGAUAGUCUUGGUUUAUCAUCCGUGAUCCCUGCUUGAUUAAGAAAUAACCCAUUGGACCAUAUAAUGAAACAAUACUCUAAUUCUAAAUUGUGUUUGUUCUCUCUCGGUGGCACGAGCUUAUGGUUAAAUUUGACUAUGUAACAAUUUGACGUCACAGUUGCUCUGUGAUUUCUGAUUGUUUGGAGUGCUUCUAAGGGGGAAUAUCCUAAGAAAAUCACACACAGGCAAUUAGCAGGUAAAGCAUGUGAUAUUAUCAGUAUUGUAUUUAUUUAUACCCCACUUGAAAGCACCUUUAAGCACAAAAUUAAAAUGCAUGCACAUUCAAAAUGCAAAACAUGGAUGCCGUCGUACCCAAACAAACACAGCAUACACCAUGUCUCUAGUUUUACAUCUGUCUGCAUGUGCCUUCAAAUAGCCUGUUGAUUUCGUAGUGGUUUUUUUUUCUAAGAAAGGGAUACUCAGUUCUCCCAUCCAAGAACUAACUAAAGCUAACCCUGCUUAGUUUCCAAAAUAAGCUGGGAUCUGGUGCCUUUUAGGUAUAGCUACCGUUAUCUAUUUUUGCUAAGAUCUCCGCACAAAUUUGCCCGAAAUAAUUUGAGUGCCAUACAGUAUUGCUUGCAUUCUUGAACAAUAUUCAGCCUAUUGAUCUAUUCUGGUAUGCCUAGAAUAAAAAUAUGUCCACCUCUUUCACAUGCUUUAUGCAUAUAGAAUAUUAUAUAAAGGACAGUACAUAGGACUGCCACAAGAUGGCAGGGCUGAAAGCAAUUUAACUUGUCCCUUACCUUUAAAAAAUAUAUUAUUUCCAAAUCUGUUGCAUAAGGGGGAUUCUGUGAAGGAUAUGUCUGAUGUUAUAUUUAAUAUUUGUACAAAUUAAAGGAUUGUAAUUUCUCAUUUUGAAGAAGAAAGAAUUGGAAUAUAUAUGGAAAUCAGAAAAAAUCAUAUAAAGUCCAAUCAUUUUAAGAGUAGUUUUUUAUUAUAUGUACAGAUAUUACAUAUAGUAGCAUCUUGUUUCUUUGUGUCUGUGGACAUUUCAAUAAACUCUUCCCUAUUUCCUUUGGUUUGGGGCAGGAUUGUGUCUCUGGUAUACACAGAACUUUUCCUGCGCAAGGAAUUAGUUCCUUUCAAUUAAUUCCUUUUUCCAUUGAGUGAAGCAUAAUUACUAUACAUGAUGUUGUAUAUUUAUGAGGGAUAGCAUUAUUCCUUUUAUGGCAUAACUGUAACUUUUUUGGUAGUAUGCACCUUUUAAAUAGUUACAGAAUAUGGCCUCACUCUUGGUAGGAGAGGAAUAUCAUAUAUGGUUUAAUUCACAAAUUGUACUUGAGCUAUUGCUUCAUGAUCUGUUGCAGAAACAAAGAAGUGGAUGGGAAGGGUGUAUAUAUUGGACCAAGAGGCCAAGAACAAGUGGAAUUCUAGUGUUCUUACUAAGGUUGGAUCUACUCUGCCAUUUAAUCCAGUUUCAGAAUGCAGAUUAACUGCAUUGAAUUGGAUUAUGAGUCUACACUGCAUUUCAUCUGCAUUCUGAAACUGGAUUAUAUGGCAGUGUAGAUACAGCCUAAAACUUAACUCUUUUAGUUACUUUUAAAAAGUGAGAUCUAUAUAUUCAUCAAAUAUAGUGGCAACCAAAUUUAUUUUAGCCUUGUAAGCUAAAAAUAUAAAUAAUUACUUUUAAAAAGUAACUUUCAAGCAUUGCUACUUCCCUCGGAGACAACUGAGAUACUGCCUUAACUGUAAACUCCCAAAACACUAAAUUGAGUGUGUCUAUUUAGUUUUUCCUAAAAAUGGUGCAGGUGCCUUGUAAGAUUUCAGAAAAAGAAAGUUUCCCCAAACCCAACAUAUAUUUAUGCUGAAGGAUUAGAGCAGUUGUUACAGCUGUUAAAAAUAUGUGUGUUGAACACACACAGCUGUGGCAGGAAACACUGCACAUACCACUAUGGGCUGGCUAUGGCUUCUCCUCAUAUUGUAGUCAAAUACAUUUUUUCCAAUAGCUUGCUUUGUUUUGUUUCAUUUUGAGAGCACUUUGUUUUUGCUUUUAUUUUUUCCCUUGAUGCCAAUAAAAAAAGUCAAACAUCA